CCUCUUGCUUAUUGUAAUAAUUAAUAAUGAAUGUGUAUGUGAGAGAGGUAGUGGCUUGGUUGUUGGGUUGAGAGAAUAAAUGCUCAACUCCAGUCCAGACAACCACACAGACCCUACAUGAAGCUAAGAGGCUAUUGUUGACGCUAAUGCGUUCAAAUUGUAGUACAAUAAGGUCAUGAAAUGCUGCUCUUUGAUGAGGAUAAUGAUACUGUGUUUCAUUUUACUACAUUCUUAUCAUUAUCUUCCAAGUGGAGUAUCAUCAUCAAUUGAAGUCAGGUUGGUAGAUCUUCUUUCUAUCGGAUUCAAUAAUUCAUAAUGCCAAACGGCUAGAUCCAUUUCACAAUUUUCGAGCAUGACAAGUAUCCACCUAUUUCUCAUUUUUACUUGUCUCACAAUCACUAUAGUUUCACCAGCAACUGAAAAGGAAAUCUUGCUACAGUUCAAGGGGAACAUCACAAAUGAUCCUUUUAACGCCUUGUCUUCAUGGGUCUCAAGUGGCAAUCCUUGUGAAAAUUUCAAGGGUGUGAUUUGUAAUCCAGAUGGUUUUGUGGACAAGAUUGUGUUGUGGAACACUAGCCUUGCUGGAGUUUUAUCUCCAGUCUUGUCUGGUUUAAAGCAUCUGCGGGUCUUGACAUUGUUUGGUAAUCAAUUUUCAGGUAAUAUUCCUCAAGAGUAUGUUCAAAUACAAACAUUGUGGAAGAUCAAUGUGAGUUCUAAUGCACUUUCUGGAUCAAUCCCUGAAUUUAUCGGUGACUUACCAAAUAUAAGACUUCUGGAUUUGUCUAGGAAUGGUUAUAGUGGACGUAUUCCUUUUGAUUUGUUUAAGUUUUGUAAUAAGACCAAGUUUGUCUCUUUGUCUCACAACAAUCUUUCUGGUCCAAUUCCUGUGUCUAUUGCCAAUUGUACUUAUCUUGAAGGGUUUGAUUUCUCUUUCAACAAUCUUAGUGGUGAAUUGCCUUCUCAAGUUUGCAAUAUCCCGGUAUUAGAUUUUAUAUCUUUGAGAGGCAAUGUGUUAAUGGGGAGUGUUCAAGAGCAAAUAUCAAAGUGCCAGAGCAUCAAGUAUUUGGAUCUAAGCAGCAAUAUGUUUACUGGGUUGGCUCCAUUUGGAGCUCUUGAACAGAAGAAUAUCAGUUACUUCAAUGUGUCACAUAAUGGCUUUCGAGGGGAAAUUCCAGAGGUUGGAACUUGUGGUGAGGGAAUGGAAGUUUUGGAUUCUUCAUGGAAUGAGUUAAAUGGUGAAAUUCCAAUGAGCAUUACAAAUUGUAGAAACCUUAAGGUUAUAGACUUGGGUUUUAAUAGGCUGACUGGAUCUAUUCCAAUUGGGAUUACCAAUCUGGAGAAACUUUUGGUGAUCAGAUUGGGCAAUAAUUCCAUAGAUGGAACAAUCCCACCAAAGUUAGGGAGCAUUGAGUUCCUUCAGGUUUUGGAUUUGCACAAUCUCAACCUUGUUGGUGAAGUUCCGGAUGAUUUAGGCAAUUGCUGGCUUCUUCGUUCGCUGGAUGUUUCUGGUAAUGCUUUAGAGGGAGACAUUCCUCAAACCUUAUAUAACAUGACAUAUUUACAAAUCCUUGAUUUACAUCAAAACCACCUUAAUGGAAGCAUUCCAUCUAGUCUAGGAAACUUGUCCAAUCUCCAAAUUCUCGAUCUGUCACAAAAUUCACUUUUUGGGCCAAUCCCUGUUUCCCUUGGAAAUUUGAUGAAUAUAACAUAUUUUAGCCUUUCUUUUAACAAUCUCUCGGGAGCUAUUCCUUCAACUAUACAGCAUUUUGGUGCAUUCGCAUUUUCCAACAACCCUGGACUCUGUGGUGCGCCUCUGGAGACAUCUUGCUCAGGAAGUCGUAAUGGCACAACUUCAACAUCAAAGAAACCCAAGGUUCUUAGUGUUUCUGCUAUUGUUGCAAUUGUUGCUGCAGCAGUUAUCCUUACUGGGGUUUGUGUGGUGUCCAUCAUGAACAUCAAGGCACGCAAGAGUAGAAGAGAUAAUGAAACUAUUGUUGUUGAGAGCACACCUCUCGCUUCAACAGAUUCAAGUGUUAUAAUUGGGAAGUUGGUUCUCUUCAGCAAGAGUUUGCCUUCAAAGUAUGAAGAUUGGCAGGCAGGCAUCAAAGCGUUGCUUGACAAGGAGUGCCUAAUAGGUGGUGGCUCAAUUGGAUCAGUGUAUAAAGCCACUUUCGAAGGAGGGAUUUCAAUUGCAGUUAAGAAGCUUGAGACUAUAGGAAGGAUUAGAAACCAAGAAGAAUUUGAGCUUGAAAUUGGACGGUUAGGUAACUUACGACACUCCAAUUUGGUUCCCUUUCAAGGUUAUUAUUGGUCCUCAUCAAAUAAGCUAGUUCUGUCUGAAUUUGUUCCAAAUGGGAAUCUGUAUGAUAAUCUACACGGGCUUAAUUAUCCAGGCACCAGUACUGGUGUAGGCAAUAGUGAAUUGCACUGGUCUAGGAGGUUUCAGAUUGCUGUUGGGACUGCAAGAGCACUUGCUUACCUUCACCAUGAUUGUAGGCCUCCAAUACUUCAUCUCAACAUCAAGUCCACUAACAUACUCUUAGAUGAAAACUAUGAGGCUAAGUUGUCUGAUUAUGGAUUAGGAAAAUUUCUCCCCAUCUUGGACAAUUAUGGUUUAACCAAAUUUCACAAUGCAGUUGGGUAUGUAGCACCGGAGUUGGCUCAAAGUUACAGGUUGAGUGAGAAAUGUGAUGUUUACAGUUUUGGAGUGAUUCUUUUGGAGCUGGUUACAGGGAGGAAACCAGUGGAGAGUCCCAGUGCAAAUGCGGUGGUGGUUUUAUGUGAAUAUGCCAGAGAGUUGUUUGAGAGUGGCUCUGCUUCGGCAUGUUUUGAUACAAGUUUGCGAGGUUUUGCAGAGAAUGAAUUGAUUCAGGUUAUGAAAUUGGGGCUAAUUUGUACAUCAGAAGUUCCUUCAAGAAGACCAAGCAUGGCUGAAGUAGUUCAAUUUCUUGAGUCCAUCAGAAAUGGACUGGAACCAUAGUGUGAUUAAUGAAAAUGGAGGGUUUAUUGAACCACUUCUAGAGUCAAAUUAACAGUUUAUUUUUGUUGCAAGAUCAAAGAAUAGUCUAGGUGGAAGGGGAUUGAGAGGUGGGAAGAGGAAAAUGAAAAUCAUUCUUUUGUAUUCAUUUUGGGAUUAGCAUUAAUCAAUUGUU